GUGAAAUUUACCACUUAAGCAAGGAUUUUUUGUUUACUGAGAGUGAAAUAUUUCAGUAUAACUCUAUAAAUAUAGUCCUACUGUUGGCCAUUUAGAGUUGUUUGGGUUUCUUCCUUUCAAGAAUUUGAUUUUAAUACUCAACUGAAUCCAAUUUGGAGAAUAAAGUAAGCAAUGUGGCCUAAAUUUGGCUUCAUUUGAGAGAGCGAUGAAGAAGAAUUAUUCUCGGUUGAGAAAUUCAGGUCCUUUUACUAGUAUGGGAAGUCCAUAUUAUGGUGAAACUGAGGGGGGAAUCCCCAAGGGUUGGAGUUCAGAAAGAGUGCCAUUGCCCACAAAUAGAAUCCAUAGGCAAAUUAGUGCCUCUGCCUUGAUUCCGGUGAGUAUUGGAAGGGCUUUGCCAUCGAAAUGGGAUGAUGCUGAGAGAUGGAUUACAAGUCCACUCUCGAUCAUGCAGCCUGAGUUUCACAGUGGCCCCUUAGGCGCUACUGGACCGGUGAACGUAUCUGAUUAUUCGCCUAAGGUACCUGUUCAUAAAGGUGGGGGUGUGAGGAAUUUUGUGUCUGGUUCACCACUUAUGACCGGAGUUUUGAUGCCUAAAGGUUUAUCCGUUGGCUAUGGCGAUGACAUUGCUCUAAAGUCGAACUAUGUUUAUCCUUCGAAUAGUAUGGCUCGGUCCACUAGUAUGCCUGGCUUUUUAGACAAGCUUAGUGAUUCUUCAUUGUCUAGUUCACAAGAUGAUAAACUUGACGGCACCAAGGAGGAAGAAGAAAAUGUUUCCCGGGUUGUUUCACGUAGGGAUAUGGCAACUCAAAUGAGUCCCGUAGGCAGCACAAAUUCGUCUCCCAAAGGAAGCUUGUCAUUCUCUGUGUUCCCUUCCUCCGACCCUGAGCCUUGCAUCAAUCAUUCUGCUCGAGAUGGGAUUAGGGACGUCCAGGUAGACGAAGCCACGACUAUAGCCACGCAGCCCAUGAAACGAAAGAUGAAAAAAGGCUUGCCAAGUAUUAAAAGUUUAUGUUCACCUCGAUUAGCUUCAGAGGCAUCAAGGCUGCAAAGAGAGGAAGCCAAGAUCACUGCUUGGGAGAACUUGCAGAAGGCAAAAGCUGAGACUGCAAUUCGAGAGUUGGAGAUGAAACUUGAAAUGAAGAGAUCAGCAUCUACAGACAAAAUCUUGAACAAGCUAAAAGCUGCUCAAAUUAAAGCACAAGCCAUGAGAGACUCAAUAUCGGAAAAUCAUUCUCAGAAAGCUCUCAGAACAUGUCCCAGAGUCGGUUUCUUCUGUAAAUAUGUCAAGAUGAAUUCUUUCAAUAAGUGCUUUUUCUGCUUGUAGGAACUAGUUUCUUGUAUUAGUAAGAAAAUUCAAUCAGUGUAGCUUUCGACAAAAUAAAUCAAUAAGUUUCAUCCUUUGGUUUUUUAUCAUAUAAGCGAGCGUUUUCUCUUCUCCCGCAGUUGUAACUAUAAUUGCAGUUCAUAUUGCAAA